UUAAACUUCCUCUUUGCAUGAAACUUCCUCUUUUAGGCGGCAGGGUUGCCUAGUGGUUAGAGCGUUGGACUAGUCCCCGAGCUGACAAGGAAAGUCUCUCAGACGCAUGUGUGCUGUGACGAGCCUAUGAGAUAAGCAACAAGUUAAUGGCUCUGUGGGUAAACGAAACAGAAAAAUCAAGGGUCUCAGACUGUGUUGGUUCUCAGUAGCAACUGACUGCCUGAAAACUUCCAAUGGAGCCAACAAAUAUACAGAAAGCUAUAGCUGUAGCACAGAAAGCCUCCCAGGAGGACCAGGCUGGGAACUACACAGAGGCUAUCAAAUCUUACCAACACGCUGUCAAGUACUUCCUGCACAUUGUAAAACGUGAACCACAAGGUAAAGAGGGCAACCAGAAGAUCAGGGAAAAGUGUAAACUGUACCUGGACAGAGUGGAAGAACUACAGGAGUAUAUCGAAAAUAAAGAGAAAGCCAUAGAUCUGGCCAGCAAGGCGGCCCAGGAGGAUAAAGCUCAGAAUUACGACGAGGCCCUGCGUUUAUACCAACAAGCUGUUCAGUACUUCCUACACGUAGUGAAAUAUGAAUCCCAGGGCGAUAAAGCCAAACAGAGCAUCAGGGCCAAGUGUGCCGAGUACCUGGACAGAGCAGAGAAGCUCAAAGAAUACCUAAAGAAGAAAGAGAAGGCUCCACCUGCCAAACCUGUGAAGGAGUCCCAAGCCGAUGACAAAGGGAAUGAGAGCGAUGAAGGAGACAACCCAGAAAAAAAGAAGUUUCAAAACCAACUUUCAGGGGCUAUCGUUAUGGAAAAGCCAAACAUCAAGUGGAAUGAUGUUGCCGGAUUAGAGGGAGCCAAAGAGGCCCUGAAGGAAGCUGUAAUUUUGCCAAUCAAAUUCCCACAUCUUUUCACAGGCAAAAGAACGCCGUGGAGGGGGAUCCUACUCUUCGGUCCUCCUGGAACAGGAAAGUCCUACCUGGCUAAAGCUGUGGCCACAGAGGCCAACAACUCCACCUUCUUUUCCAUCUCCUCAUCUGACCUGGUAUCCAAGUGGUUGGGAGAGAGUGAAAAGUUGGUAAAGAACUUGUUCACCCUUGCACGGGAGCACAAGCCCUCCAUCAUCUUCAUAGAUGAGAUAGACUCGCUGUGCGGCUCCAGGAGUGAGAAUGAGAGUGAGGCAGCUCGCCGCAUCAAGACAGAGUUCCUGGUUCAGAUGCAGGGGGUUGGGAAUGACAACGAUGGUGUACUGGUGCUCGGGGCCACCAACAUCCCUUGGACGUUGGACUCUGCUAUCAGAAGACGGUUUGAGAAGAGGAUCUACAUCCCCCUGCCCGAAGAACACGCCCGCACCUUCAUGUUCAAGCUCCACCUGGGCGCCACACCCACCAGCCUCAAUGACUCUGACUUUGUCACCCUGGGAAAGAAGACAGACGGGUACUCAGGGGCUGACGUCAGCGUCAUCGUCAGAGACGCGCUUAUGCAACCAGUCAGAAAAGUUCAGUCAGCCACUCACUUCAAGCGGGUACGAGGGCCAUCGAGAGACAACCCCGACAUCAUGGUAGAUGACCUUUUGACCCCAUGCUCUCCAGGAGACCCGAAUGGCAUCGAGAUGACAUGGAUGGAAGUCCCUGGGGAAAAGCUAUGUGAGCCAGUUGUUUGUAUGUCUGAUAUGUUGAGAUCCCUGACCAGCACAAAGCCAACAGUCAAUGAUCAGGAUCUGGACAAACUGAGAAAAUUCACAGAGGACUUUGGACAGGAGGGCUAAAUUGGGUCAUUUUAGCCAAACCAAAGCAAAUAUUAUUGAUUGUCAAGUGUUCCUUCUCUCCUCUCCGUCUUUUUCCCACUCUCCCCCUCAGGCUCUGUUGGCUUAUCACAUGACUGCUCUACUAAUAGAAAUAUAAUUACUAGAACGGACCUCUCCAUUUAAGUAAUCUAUUUCUUUGGCUCGACUGAGCUUGGUCCAUUGGCCACAAGGGGUUAAACAAAGACGGGUAUUUUCUUAGAUGCUCCCCAUGUCCAAAGGAUUAUGGAUCUCUUCACAUGUCUGAGGUAGACUAGAUUGGUGAAUGGAAAGCUACAUGGCAAAUAGGAGCAUUGGUGCAGCACCUUGGGCUGAAUCCUAAUAUGUAAACAAUGCUCAACUCGAGCAUUUGCAUACUU